GCAUGAAUCAAAGAUUGUUUUUGCAAUGCAAUUAAUUUGGUGAUCAAAAAUUUCUAUCUUCAUUACAUAACAAUUACAAAAAAAAAAUGGCUACUUCUUCAUCUCAUCCUACUAGAUCCAUUAGUUUACCAGCUCGAUCUCACCCAACAUCGCUUAAAAUCGAAGAAACGAUACAAAAAUUGAAAUCUCGCGAUGUUUGUUUAUCUAAUUCAGCUUUCGAGAGUAUUCAGCUCGGUUUACUUAACCUUGUGGAGUUGUAUUCUCGUGUACAAGAGAUUACACUCUCCGCUUCCAACCAACAGGUCAACCUUGUCGAAGAUGCCUUAGAAAGCUCGGUAUUGCUGCUCGAUACUUGCAGCAAUGCACGAGACCUUAUUAUUGGGUUUAGAGAGCAAGUGUGCGACUUGCAAUCUGCGCUACGCAGGAAAGCAUACGCUAACAUCGAAACUGAUGUUAGCGUGUACGCGUCUUUUAGGAAGAAGCUCGCGAAGAAUGUUGGUAGAUGCCUUAAAGUGUUGAAGGAAGCAGAGGCGAAAUAUGAAAAAAAUGAUGCUCCUUUGCUUGAUAUUGAGCCUUCUAUAAUGAGUUUGAUUAGAGAAGUUUACGCUAUUACUAUCGUUGUUUUUAAGUCACUCUUUUCUUUCUUGUCUACUCCAACAAAGGCAAGCAAAUGGUCGUUGAUCUCGAGAUUUGUCACCAAAACUUCAACGGCCCGUUUGGUAGUUGGUCAUAAACAGGCAGCAAGUGCUGGCAAAGAGGUCGGACGAGAGGGACUUAACGAGGUUUCGAAGGUCGAUUUAGCCCUUCAAAAUGACACAAAUGUCGAUGUGAUGCUAGUUCGAGCAAGAAUUCAAGCUCUUGAUUCGAGUCUUGAGAUAUUCGAGGGGGAAAUCGGGUGCCUCUAUAGGUGUUUAUUGCAAAAUAGAGUGUCUCUCUUGAACAUCCUCACUCCUUUAGUGUAGUUUGUAUACUUUAUUCUUUAUCAUGGGUGUGAUGUUUUCAUGAUCCUAUAAUUUUGUGGAUAUGUAAAUGGAAAUGGAGCCACUUGCUCUUAUAGAAUGAUAAAAAAUACAUAGUAAUAGAUUGAUUAAUUCGUUAUUACUCUCUCUCACUUUCUACAUCAUAUUGUUCAUUAGCUUCUAUUCCUUAUUUCUUUGAGAACAAAGAAAUAUCACUCAUUUUCUUGCUAAGCUAAGUUUGAUAUAAGAGAUUGUUAUUACUAUCAAUAUACAAAAGUUUCAUUAGAUU